CAGUCCACCACUCCACCACGGCACCAGCACCACCAUCAUGCGGCGAAGGCCCCGUGACCGUCAUCGCAUUUCUCCCCCAACUCCACCCGCCUACCCCCGCCCCGCCUGGAAGGGGAAAGGACGCGCCCCCAAGUCCAAACCCAAGGACAGUUUGCAUGCCACAGUGUUGGUGUUCUUACUUGGCUGUGGUUAUAAUCAUCCAGGACCUUGAUGUAUGUGGAUUUUGAUCUACUUGUGUUAGCAGCUAAAUUUGAAGAAAAUGAUGAUGGGAAGAGAGGACAAAUAUGUGAGAUUUCAGGACUGGAGAUCAGAGCAGUCUGUUAGUUCUGACAACAUAGUUGCUCCACAUAGAGAUGAUGUUUCAGUAUUCAGUUCACUUAAAGAAAGGACUGCCAGGGUUUUUGCAUUGCUAGGAAAUCUUUUGCACUCAGAAACUUCAAAUAGAUCAAUGUUUGAUGAAAGAAAGUCUGGAAGAGGAACACUUCAUCCUCAAGGGCCAUUUCUGCAGAAAUGGAACAGGAUAUUUGUGAUAUCAUGUAUAUUUGCAGUUUCAGUGGAUCCAUUGUUCUUGUAUAUCCCAGUUAUCAAUGAUGAAAAACCUUGCUGGUAUUUGGAUAGAAAGUUGGAAAUGGCAGCAAGUGUCCUGCGUUUUUUCACAGAUAUUUUCUACAUACUCCAUAUCAUAUUUCAGUUCCGGACAGGCUUUAUUGCAUCAUCUCCUACAACCUUUGGGCGGGGUGUCUUAAACGAAGAUAGAUGUGCAAUAAUAAAGCGCUACUUAUCAACAUAUUUUUUUAUUGAUGUCUUUGCUAUUCUGCCCAUCCCUCAGGUUAUUAUUUUGGUUGUGCUACCUAAUCUUCAAGGCUCAAAGGUUAUGAAAGCCAAAAAUGUGUUAAUGCUUAUAAUUAUAUGCCAGUAUGUGCCUCGGCUAAUCCGAAUAAGGCCACUGUACCUCCAAAUCACAAGGUCUGCUGGUGUAAUUACAGAGACAGCACGGGCUGGUGCUGCUUUCAACCUUUUGCUUUACAUGCUUGCCAGCCAUGUCCUUGGAGCUCUUUGGUACUUGCUUUCUAUUCAACGCCAAGAUUCCUGCUGGAGACAGCAUUGUAGAAGCAAUAAGACAUGUAAUCUUUCCUAUUUGUACUGUGGAGAUUAUGAUAACGAUGAGGGAAAUGCUUUCUUAACUAAAAGUUGCCAACCAAGAAAUCAGCCAAACCUUCCAGAUCCGUACUUUGGGAUUUAUGCACCAGCUAUACAAAAUGUAUCACAGUCAAAAAGUUUCUUUGAGAAAUUGUUCUUCUGUGUUUGGUGGGGUCUUCAAAAUCUUAGUUCUCUUGGCCAAAACCUGAAAACAAGCACUUAUGCAUGGGAGAACUUAUUCGCAGUGUUUGUCUCAAUAUCAGGUUUAGUUCUGUUUGCAUUGCUGAUCGGUAAUGUGCAGACCUAUUUGCAAUCAGCCUCUCUGAGAAUAGAAGAAAUGAGAGUGAAAAGCCGUGACACAGAUCAGUGGAUGUCAUAUCGACAUCUUCCUGAGAACCUCAAGGAAAGAAUACGGCGUUAUGAACAGUAUAGAUGGCAAGAAACAAGUGGUGUUGAUGAAGAGCAACUUCUUAUGAACCUCCCCAAAGAUCUUAGGAGGGAUAUAAAACGACAUCUCUGUUUAUCGCUUCUCAUGAGGGUAUGUUCUCAUCUGUCCCCCAUCCUAUACACAGAAGGUAGCUGUGUUAUUCGUGAAGGAGAUCCAGUAAAUGAAAGGCUCUUCGUCAUGAGGGGAAACCUAAUGAGCAUGACGACAAAUGGUGGAAGAACUGGCUUCUUUAACUCUGAUGUUCUGAAAGCUGGAGAUUUCUGUGGCGAAGAGCUCCUCACCUGGGCUCUUGACCCCACAUCAACAUCCAGCCUCCCCAGCUCAACAAGGACAGUGAAGACAAUGUCUGAAGUCGAAGCUUUUGCUUUGAGGGCUGAAGACUUAAGGUUUGUGGCAACUCAGUUCCGACGACUCCACAGCAAACAACUCCAGCACACUUUCAGAUUCUACUCGCAACAAUGGAGAACCUGGGCCGCAUGUUUCAUCCAAGCAGCCUGGCACCGGUACUGCAGAAAGAAGAUUGAAGAUUCUUUGCGUGCGAAGGAGAAGAGAUUGCAAUUCGCGAUUGCCAAUGACAGCUCCACUUCGCUUAGCUUCAUGGCAGCACUAUAUGCUUCGCGUUUCGCUGGAAACAUGAUACGGAUCCUGAGGAGAAAUGCCACGCGCAAGGCCAGGCUGCAGGAAAGAGUGCCUGCAAGACUGUUGCAGAAACCAGCAGAGCCCAACUUUUCGGCAGAAGAGCAGUAGUAUUUCACUUCUAACUUCCCGUGUGCAGAUACAGAUAUGUAAAAUUGUUUGUGUGACUUCCGAAUCCUAGUUGCUGGUAUUGCUGAGGAUGGCAUCCCCAGAUUAAAAAAAAGGAAAAAAAAAAGAUAAGGAGAAAUCUCGAUAGAAUGACCGUUGAGUGAUGUAGAUGACAUACACGGCGUUUGUAUGUGCUUAUGUAACAUAGUUACGUAGCGGUGUUAGUAGUAAUGUAGUGAUAUACAUCCACCAAAGUAUGUAUAGCAAGCUUAUGAUCAGUUGACCCAUUAACGGCAAGAUCUGCUACAGUUAACUCUCAACAACAAUAAUGAUCACUGGACAUGUAUUUGGAACUCGGGGUUUACAGUGGCAAAAGCUUACAAGCACUUAAGUGGACACAGAA